AUGGGACGACGAACAACGACAUGCGUCCUGGCGUUCUGCCUCGGCGCCGCGCGCGGUUUUCUCGGCGGCACGCGGCCGGCGCUCCGCCAUACGCGCCGCGCCGCCCUCGAGUCGCAGCCCGAGGAACACGAGUACCGGUCCGAGGAGUGGGGCGCCGACGCGUCGCUGUCCUCCUUCGCCGAGCUCUACGGCCGCGUGUCCGAGCUCAAGAGCCGGGAGAUCGCGGCGGACCGGCUGAGCGCGUAUAACUGGCGCGCGGGCGCGAUGGGCGAGAUGGCCGUCGUCGAGCUCGAGGACACGCGCGUCUGCAUGGCGCGGCUCCACGGCAACACGGUCGCCUUCGGCACGGCGGCGGGCGUCGUCGUGCUCGUGGACCUCGACGAGGGCCUCGUGCUCGACGGCUUCGACGCGCACGAGGGCGAGGUGACCGCGCUCGAGUGGACCGGCGAGAAGCUCGUGAGCGGCGGCGCGGACGGCAGCGUCGUCGUGUCGUCGCCGGACGUCGACGGCGGCGGCGAGAACGCGCUCUUCGAGCUCGUCGACGCCGACGACGACGACGGCGACGGCGACCUCGACGACCUCGAGGACGCGCUCGCUUUGUACGAGACGCUCGAGGACUUCGCGCUGCGGCCCACGGACCCGGACGGCGACGCGGCCCUGGCGCGCACGCGGCUCCUCCACGGCAUCUUCCCCGAGGCGCCGUCGGACGCCAUCAUCGUCGACCGCGGCGGCGACCGCGGCGGCGACGACGACCUCCUCGGCGCGGUGCUCACGCACGGCGAGAGCCUAGAGGACGAGCUCCUCGCCGGCGACAAGCCCGACGGCGAGCCCGACGUCGUGCUCAAGGGCCACGGCGCGCGCGUGACGGGCGUCAAGGCCCUCGGCGACGACGCGAUCCUGAGCGCGAGCCUCGACCGGCGGCUGCUGCUAUGGGACGUCGCCGACGGCCGGCACCGCGUCGUCGCCGAGUGCCGGAGCCCCAUCUGCUGCCUCGCCGUCGCCGACGGCGUCGCCGUCGUCGGGCUCCUGGACGGGGCCGUCGUCGCCUACGACAUCGACACGGGCCGCGUCAACUUCGAGCUCGCGGGCGCGCACGAGGGCGCCGUGCGGAGCCUGCACUUCGAGGCCGAGGCCGAGGAUGUGUUCUCCCGCGAGGGCCGGAGCGCCGCGGGGCGCCUGCUAUGCACGGGCGGCAGCGACGGCGUCGUCCGCUGCUACACGAUGCAGCCCGCGGCCGACGGCGGCGGCUUCGAGCCCCGGAAGCCCGACGGCGCCGCGGCCGCCGCGGCCGACGCCGCCGGCGCCGUCUCCGCCGUCUACCGCGAGCGCCGCUGCGGCAAGCACGCGCUCGAGGGCCACGGCGGCGCCAUCGUCGCGCUCCAGGCCGACGACGCGAAGCUCGUCUCCGCGUCCAUCGACGGCACCGUCCGCUGCUGGGACCUCAAGAGCGGCGACCAGCUCUUCAAGCUCGACGGCCACUCGCGACACAUCAACUCCCUCCACUUCCAGGGCGACCUCCUCGUCGCCGACGGCACGCAGGGCACCGUCAUCGUCCACGACUUCUCCGGCCGCGAGGUAUAA